CACAUUUAUAAUCAAAUAUAAGAGCAGAAGAAAUAAUAAAAUUUAUAGAAGCUGGUGGUGGGAUUAUUACUAAAUAGUCAACAGCAAUUUAAAUUAUAAAUAUUUGUGAAGAAGGUGGCCUUUAGAUUGAAGAAUUUAUUCAAAUGAUUUUAUAUUAAAAAGUAUGAUUAAACUGGUUGAAAAUUUAAUUAUUUAUAUUGAUGAAAUAAAAACUUUGGAUAGCUAUUCCUAAUGAAUUAAAGUGGAAAAAUGAAAAGCCAAUCUUGAAAUCUGAAUUCUAAAAGGCAAAUAAAAAGUUGAGAUAUUUAAUAGCUUAUGAUCAUUACAUUUUGAUCUCAAAAGUAUAAUGAAAUUUAAACAAAGAAACCUGAGGAUCCUCCAAAAAAGUUUCUUAAGUUAGAUUUCGAAACUAAAUUUGAAAUAAUUAGAACACCUGUAUAAAAGAAAGAUGAAGAUGAUGAUUCAUUGGGGACUAUAAUCGGAAUGAAUUUAAUGAGAGAUCAUGGCUAAGAUUAAUUGCCAAGCUAUAAAUUAACAGCAAAUGAAAAAAUCAUAACAUAAUGGAGAGAAUUUUUUUAGUCUAGAAUUAAUUAAUGGUAAUUUCAUCAUCUUUUUAGAGUAUUUAAGAAAAUAGGAAAGGGUAAUUUUGCCUCAGUAAAUAAUAUCAUUAAUUUUAGGUUUAUUUGGGAGAACGAAUCGAAGAUGGUACAUAAAUGGCAAUUAAAGCAUUUUCUAAAUAAGCUGCAUAUGCAGAAGACCAUGGAAAAGAAGCUAUUGUUAAUGAACUUACAAUUAUGAGAAAAUUAAAUAAUCAUCAUCUUAUGAGAAUGUAUGAAAUUUAUGAAACUUAAAAUUCACUCUAUGUUGCACUAGAGUUAUUAGAAGGUGGUUCACUCUAUGAUCUAAUUAAAGAAAAAGUUAUUUUAUCUACAAAACAAAUACAAUAAAUUUUAGUAGGAAUAUUAUAAGGAUUGUGUCAUAUGCAUGAAAAAGAAAUUAUGCAUCGAGAUUUAAAAUUAGAGAAUAUUUUAUUCAAAUAAUAAAAGUACUAUUUAUAUAUAAUAAUUUUAUAGAAAAAUGGAAACAGUAGUUGUUGCAGAUUUUGGUUUAGCUACACAUGUAAAUGAACCAGUUUAUUUAUAUUGUCGAUGUGGAACUCCUGGGUAUGUUGCACCGGAAGUUAUUAACAUAAAAGAUAUGAAAGCCCAUUAUAGUUCUGUUUGUGAUAUUUAUAGUCUUGGUUUAGUCUUCUAUUUAUUAUUAACUGGUAAGCCAGCUUUUCCUGGUAAAAGUUAUGGCACUGUUGUUAAAUAAAAUAGAGAAGCCACCAUUGAUUAUACUUUAAAAUAAUUGUAAAAUGCUCCUAAUACUGCUAUUGAUUUAUUAAAAAGAAUGUUAGAAAAAGAUCCAAAUAAAAGAAUUAAUGCACAUUAAUGCUUAUAACAUUAAUAUUUAGCAGAAAUGAACAAAAUUAUGUUAGAAGAUAAUUAACAUGACUUUAUAGAUGAAGGAGAAGAGAAUGAUUUAGGUAUGAGAAUGAAUGCUUUAAAUGAAGAGUAAAUUUAUUAUAAUAUUUUUAGAUCAGCUAAAUUUGACGCAUUUAGAAAAAAUUAAUUAAUUAAUUCACCUUAAUCUUCUCCUGGUUCCCUAGCUACAAAAUAAAUUAAACAUUAAAAGAACAUUGAUUCUUCAAAUUAGUUAUAAGCAAAUUCCCCUUUGCUUACUGGUAAAACUGACAGUGUUGAUAGUAUUCCCAAUAUUGGACUAUCCUAGACAAAACAAUAAAAUAAUUUUUAAGCCUCUCCAUAAAUAAAACCAUCCCGUUUUAAAUAGUAAAUUAUAACAUUAAAAUUCUAGGAAUAUUCCAUAAUAAAAAUAAGAAAACCCAUUAUUAAAAUAUACUUAGAAGAAAGAAUGACUUUUAAGAGUCUGUUAUAUUAUUAAU